AGUACAGGUGACCACCAGAUGUGGUGCAGUCCCUCACACACACACACUCUCAAGAGAUUCACAUUUUUGCUUUGCCGUUAAUUUCAAGUUACGUUAUCUGAAUAACGAACACACGAACUACCAAAAAUAGUUGACAGUAACAAAGAGCUCACUACACACUCUCUCUCUCCAUGAAAAUCCUAUCAUCUCUAUUCCCAAUUUUCUCUAACCCUAAUCUACACCCAUUUUCAUUCAAAUUUCACACUUCCAAGCUCCUUGCAACCAGACCUUUAAAGACCCUGAGGGUUUCAAUCAACCCUCCACCACCAGAUUUUGACUUCAAAUCCGAAAUUUUCAGCGUCUCUCGAGCUUCAAUCGCUCAAACCCAUCCCGAUUUGCUCGAUUUGGCCGAUAAUGGUAGUUUAGUGCUUAUCAGAAAGAGCCAAUUCGGUCCUGUGCCGGUAUGGCGAACCCAAUCUGGUUUUGUGGAGCCGGAGGCAAUUUGGUUAAUCGGGACGACUCAUAUCUCCGACGAAUCAGCCGAUCAAGUCGAACGGCUGGUGCGGGCUGUGAAGCCUGACAGUGUUGUUGUGGAGUUAUGCAGAAGCAGAGCUGGGAUUAUGUAUACUUCCAAUGACGCCGAUUCUAGCCAACAGUUGAGGUCAAAUAUGUUCUCUUUAAGUGGGACUGGCUUUUUUGGUGCCGUCAAUCGUAGCAUAAACUUGGGGGGUCAAACUGCUCUAGCAUUACGCCUACUGUUGGCAGUUUUCUCUUCGAAGAUAUCUUCGGAUGUCAACCGUCCUUUUGGGGAUGAGUUCCGUGCUGCUCGGAAGGCAUCUGAAGAAAUUGGUGCUCAAAUAGUUUUGGGGGAUCGUCCAAUUGAAAUUACUCUUGAAAGGGCUUGGAAUUCUCUAACAUGGAAUGAUAAAUUUAGUCUAGUGAUCUCUGUUCUACGUGGAAUAUCAUCGUCAUCUGAUCUGUCCAAGAGCAAAUUGAAGGAAUCAAGUAGUGACGAUGGCAACUUCCAGCUCUACAAGCAGCUAAGCUUUUCAUAUCCAUCAUUGCUGCAGCCCCUUAUAGUCGAGCGUGACACAUAUCUUGCGUGGUCUCUGAAGUGGUGCAAAGCUGUGAAUAAGAGUAACACAGUGGUAGGCGUUAUCGGAAAGGCACACAUGAACGGAGUGAUUUAUGCACUAGUAUCAGAUCUGGGAGACUUGCGGUUUCGGGACCUAGCCGGGAAGAAGCCAAUGGAUGGCUCUGACAGCUGGGUUGAUACCCUUCUCAAGAAUUUAGUUAGAGACACUAUUAUUGGCAUUUUGUUGUGGUUAUUAUUUGAACAAGCGAAGAGUAUUGUCUUAUAGAAAUACAGAAAUUACAUUCCCAUCUCAUUUUUUUCUGUCUUUAUGAAAGGUCAAUUGAAAAUGUAAUGAAAUUCAGUGAAAUUGGGAUUGCAUGAAAUAAACACUCACUUUUUUUCUCCA